CAUCCGCAUGUCACGUAAUAUCGGUGUGUGACGUCAUUUUCCUGCGACUGCCGCCGGCCAAUACCUCCAUGUGAACCAUUUUAACCAAGAUUACAAUAAAUUAAGGGCCGAUGUGGGAUGGUGACUCGGGUGUCUGAAUUCUGAGAAACCUUUUCAGUCCUCUCCUGGUGUUGGCUCCUGUCUCAUCUGUUGGAUCCAAUGGCCAGUCGUCUGUUGGUCAGAUAUGCCCGGUUAUUGUGCCGGGCUUCCUCCCAGGCUCCAGUCGUGGCUGCUGCUUACAUGCCCUCACCUAUGGCCACAGAGGUGCAAAGGGCGCAAGGCUGGCCAGGUGUGGUAGAGAGGUUAAUGUGUGAGGAAAGGCGAUUUGUUAAAGAUGAUGUCUCUCAGACUAUGCCCACUCGCACUGAGCUGGACGACCAGCUGGAUAAAGCAGUAGAGCCAGAGGAUAUCCUGGUGGCCUGGGCAGAGCAUGGAGGAAAUGGCAAUCAAGCAGCAAGUGCCCUAAAACAAUGGACUUUUUUAAUGCUAAAGACGAACCCCACGUUUAGGAAUGAACUGCCAACACUGAUGAUGGACUCGAGGCUGCUGGAUAUGAUGAAUACAGUAUCUCAGAAUGUGUCACAGGUGUGGAACAGCAGUCUUGUGUCUGUCUUGCAAGCUUUGUGGUUAAUGGGUCUGCCCUCAACAAAUGCAGUGCUCAGUUCAGUCCAGACAGAAAUCCUCUGGCGUGUCCGAAGGCUAACAUAUAAGCAGUUGUCCUACCUAGCAGACUGGGGGUCCGGGAGGAGGGGACAUCAGGAUGUGAUGAUAGUGAAUGCUGUCUUAAAGCAGCUGGAGCUACGCUGGACAGAAAUCUGUGAUGUUAAAACAGUUGCUGUACUGAUGUCAAAGGGAGAACGUGUGUCGCCUGCCUUGAUGGAUAGACUAGAGGACAAGGCUUUAGAGCUCGCAGAAAGCUUUUCAUCAGAAGAAAUCCGCAGAGUGUGCGUGUCAUUGGCUACUCAGAGCCGCAGAUCUGUCCCACUGCUCCGAGCGCUGUCCUACCACCUUCUCCAGAAACCGUCAUCAGAAUUCACUACUCCACUGAUUAUGGACAUGGCUUUUGCUUACGGGAAGUUGAAUUUUCACCAUACUCAGGUAUUUCAGCGAAUGGCCUCAGAGCUCUUACCCAGAGUCCCUGAGCUCAGUCCUACUGAUGUCACACGCUGUGCUAAAUCACUUGGCUUCCUAAAAUGGCUCCACCUCCCUCUGUUUGAGGCCUUUGCCGAGCACUACACAUUAUACAGUGACAAAUACACCAUUCUGCAGCUCUCUAAUCUGCUCCUGACUUUUGCCAGACUGGGCUUCCAGCCCAGCAAAGGAGAGGAUUUUUAUGCCAAGGUUCACUCAUCACUGAAGGACUCUCUGUCAAGCCUGGAGCCCUUCCUGCAGACAGAUGUGGUGUGGUCGUUGUGUGUGCUACAGCAGGUUCAGCCCAACUACCUCAUCCCUCUCUUACAAGAGAAACAUAUUACCAAACUGUCAGAGGGCAGUCCAACUCGAGCGGACAACUAUCGCCUGAAGCUCCUCCACAUCGCUGCUUCUCUGCACUUAGAACACUCAGGUUCCUCAAAGACAACAGCCGUCCCGUCUGCCCUGACCGCCUGGUCCCACCAGGGCCCAGUCUCCCCCCUAUCUCCCCUGCAGAGCAGUCUGAGGGAGGCUUUACAGAGUGUGGUAGGAGACACAGCAGGGGCUCUUCGCACUGGGGUGGUCACUGUGUAUGGCUGGACUAUUGAUGGUGAAAUGGUGGUGGAUUGCAACAACAGACCAGUGGACUUAUCGAUACUGGAAGCCCCACAUCUUCCUGGAGAAAGAAGUGGUAAACCUUUACCUGAAGGAGUACGGCGGCUUGCUUUCGUGGCUUGGGAAUUUCCAAACUUUGUCUCAAAGAGUAAAGACAUUCUGGGGAGGUUUGCCAUGAUGAAGCGACAUCUUCAGCUUGCAGGCUUCAUCGUAGUGGAGGUGCCAUAUUAUGAGUGGCUUCAGCUGAAGACUGACUUCCAGAAGUCGGCGUACGUAAAGGAUAAAAUUGGAAAGGCCGUAGCCGAGGACAUGGCCAAGUGAACUGGGCAGCCUGGAGCGAAUUUGCAGGCUCAGCUAAAACAGAGCUUUCCCAACCAAAUAGGACCACAGGGAAUACACACACAAACACCCACGUUCACGCUCAGAACAGAGCGGCAAUGCAGAAAAGCUCUCUCAUACUUUGUCAGGCAACAACAAAAAAAAAAAAAAUUCGCUUUGGUUCCCUUGGCAACAUGUAGGGCUUUCCCUGUUUCCAUGGAGAUGACGAGCAAGAGUUUUAGAGCCAAGGAGACAUAAAUAAACACAUCUGCAAGUCUUUCACUAGAGAAAAUAUGAUGGAUUAAGUCAGCCCGUAAGUGACAUGUCAAAGCAGAUGCACGGAAGUGGAGUGUAGAAUUUAUCAUGUGAAUAUAUUGGAAUGUUAUAUUAUCAAUAUGAAUGUGUGUGGAGUUAUCUUGUGAUGGAAUAAAUUGAUUUAUUGCA